AUGGUAACUUUACAUUGCAAAGCCUCGAAUCCAGAGGGAAAACUUCCAAGAAUCCGUUGGUUCAAAGAUAGACAUAUUUUGUAUGGUAGUGAUUUGCCAGAUAGAUACAGCCUUCCUAGUGAAGGAACUUUGGAUAUCGAUGACGUCUCUGGUGGCUCCUGGAUGUUGCCCUACAUGAAGGCCCUCUUACUAGUGGGACAGCAGUCUGACAUAAGCGGCAGACCGGUCGAAACAGCGCCGGUUGAAGCGCCCCAAAAUCAGCACACGUGUACUCAUUCCAAGGGUGAAACAGGGGUGUUGCGAAUUGACAGUAGGGCCCCAGCUAGUAGAUGA